AUGGCAAAGAGGAUGGCGAAACCCCGUUGGAUAUCAAGAGCAGCCAAUCAGAAAGCAGCUCUUUCACUCCGCCCGCGGUUAAGUCUAUGGCUGUUGCUCCCGCCCUCCGUACCCUACCCACUGCCUUUGCCCCUGCCUGUCGUCCCGACGUGUAAGCCAAUAGGGAGGCAGGAAGCCGGAAGUGGCUCUGUGCCGGUAGUUGCGGGGAGGGAAGAAGCGGAGGGAAGCGAAGCAGGAACGGAGGCGGCAGCUGCGAAGGGAGACCAGGUGAGUUGCGCCGAUUUGUGCCUGCUGAGCCAGGUAGGCCCAGGACUCCUAAAGUGAGGGGGAGAUGUUGCGGGGGGGCGGGGUUCAUUUUGAUUUUGAACCGCCAUUUGCCCGCCGUUUCAAAAGCUCUUGUCUGCCCCUCCCUCUAAAAAUGUUCGCCCACCUGGUUCGCUUCGCCACAGGGUGAGAAUCUAAACUUGAGCUGGAAGGGAUCUUCAGAAGAUACUUUUUUUCCCUUUCACGACAGUGAAAACGCAGUAAGGUCGACUUAGCCGCCCAUAUUACACUUAAAAAAUGCAUUAUAUUAAAAAUACAUUAUAUAAAAAAUACAUUAAAUCCUUACAGUCCAGAGAAGUCGAGUCGGGUUAUCUUUAGGCGCCAGGCGAAAACAUUCCUCUCCUUCCAGGCCUUUGGCUAAUAAAACUAUGGGCGUUCAAAUUUUGUGUGUGUGAUUCUGAUGAUUGUUACGAUGUUACAUAUUUUUGUCGUCAUUUUAUUUGUAUGCUGCCUUUCCAUGGUUAAAACCAUGCUCAAGGCGGCUUACAGCAAGAAAAGGUGUACAUCAGGCACCCCCAAACUCGGUCCUCCAGCUGUUCUGGCACUACAAUUUCCAUCAUCCCUGACCACUGGCCCUGUUCGCUAGCGAAGGUGGGAGUUGUAGUCCCAAAACAGCUGGAGGGCCGAGUUUGGGGAUGCCUGGUGUACAUAAUCGCAAACGUAGUGGAAGUAGCUGUAAAUAAAUUAAAACAUAUCAAAAAGACCACCACCAAAGAACAAUUUCUGCAUUAAGUCAUGAAAUAUUUAAAUGUGCAAAAAAUUAUAUUGACCAAAGCCCCUAAAAAUUAGCCCAACACAAUGGUCUGUUCAGAAACCUCAGCUUUUGUAGGUGCAGUCAGACAGGGCUCCACCCUCUCAGACCAGGAAGGAAGGGAACAGCUCUUCCAGAACUCACAGCCAAGAUUUGUUUUUAUACCAUAAACUGCUUUGUAGUACUUGGAUGAAGUAUAUCAAUUUAAUAAAUAAUAAUAGUAGUGUUUGUUACUGGGAGGAAUUAUUUUGGAUCAGGAAAAAGUAAGUGAGGUGACCGUGUGUUGCUCCCUGAUCCGUGAGUUGGAAACCAUGCUAUUUAAAUAUUUACCUGGGAGUAAAUCCCAUUAAGUCCCAUAUAUCUUUAGGCACCAAGCAAAAACUUUCCUCUUUAAAGAAGCCUUUGGCUUCUGUCUGUGGCCUCUUAGCAUGGGGUGGGGCUAUAAUGUAUUUUUAAUGUAAUAUUUUAAUGUAUUUUGUUUCGUUUUAAUGUCACUUUGUGGGCUUUUGUUUUGAGUUGUCUUUCGCAAGAAAAAGUGACUGAUAAGUUUACUAAAUAAAUAAUAAUACUUCUGAGUAAGUGUGUAUGUAAGAUUGCACUCUAAAUUCACAGCACGGUUGCAAAAUACAUGGAUUUAUGUAAUGCAAGCUGUGGUGUCCAUGUAAUUUAAGGUGCUUUCUGAAAUGAGUUCUGUUUCUGAAAUAUUGUUGAAUAGUUGCCUUGUUAAAUGUAGCACAAAUUACCAUUUCUGUCAAUAUUUCAUUUUAUUUUAAAUUCUCAGUAAUGUUUGUUGUGAAACAUUCAAAGGAGCCCAACUAAGUAGCUCAGGCUUCCUCAACCUUGGCCCUCCAGAUGUUUUUGGCUUACAACUCCCAUGAUUCCAGGCUAGCAGAACCAGUGGUCAGGGAUGAUGGGAAUUGCAGUCUCCAAACAUCUGGAGGGCCGAGGUUGAGGAAGCCUGAAGUAGCUAGUAAAUAUUUUUCUUAGUAAAUUUUCUCCCAUAGCAGGCCUAAAAGGAAAAGAAAAAAUUAAACAAACCAUUCUCUUCUAGUUUAUAAAUACUUUUCUCUCUAAUUACUGGUAUUAAAAUAUAGUAGGGUUGUUGGUUUUUUUUGCUCUAAAACUAACAUUCUAAAUAAUUGUUCAUUAUUUUAGUGA